AUGUAUAUCUUAUGGAAGAACGGUGCUGAAGAAUUCACCUUUAGAAUCAAGUAUGGAGAAGAGAACAGAUUGCCUUCUUCACUGUUUAUGUGUCUGCAAUUGAAACUUUUGAGUCUUUCAACUUGUCUCUUCAAUCCUCCACCAAGCUUCAAAGGAUUUAAUAGGAUGAUUAGGCUGGAAUUGUGUGAAGUCACCAUUAAUCAUGAAGUACUAGAAAGUUUGAUAUCGAGCUGUCCGUUACUGGAGGAACUGGUGUUGCAGGUCCCAAACAAAUUUGACUACUUAGAAAUCAAUGCUCCUAUGCUAGAACUCUUGGCAUUGACAUAUCCCCCUACAUCUGUUCGUCUUAAGAAAUCCCCACUUCUGGAAAUAGUGUAA